AUGCCAAAUCAGGGCUAGUAGCCUAUUGUUUUACCUGGUGAUCAAUACCCUUCAGUAAAUCAGCAUACUGAGGAGGAAAAGCAGGCAAAUCAGAACAACUCUUAACAGUAAUAGAGAAAUCAGGCUCAACCAGGAUUUAACUAACAAUUCUAGCAAAUGCUGCCCAUGAUGCCACCUCCUUACAUGCAUCCAGCUUACUAUCAACAUGGCAUGAUGCCACCUCCCCCUCCUUUCCCCAUGCAUCCUCAUCACCAGCAUAUGUUCGCUGCUCCCCCUCAACCCCAAUUCUUAGAUCAGAGAUGCUUCAAUCUUGUUAAAGCUAAGAAAAGUGUUAAGAGACUCGGUACAUGCCAAAUAGUCUCACACUUUAUUCUUGUAUUGAUUAACGGAAUUUCAAUCUUGUGCAAUCUGUACUUCUUAUUUACCCUCGGAGCAUGGUCAAAGAUGAUUAUUCAUGAUAAAUCUGGCAAAAGCCACACUGUCUAAAUUGAGGAGUCAGGAUUAGUUAUCAUGACUCUCAUUACAAUAGCCAUGCAAGCCUUGCUUUUGAAAUGGGGACUAGUUGGCUUUAAAACUUUUAAACCAAUUGUUAAAGAUCUUAAGAAAUAGGAACUUGAUGGCAUGCUCUCUACUCAGAGCCAUGACAGUGUUGAGCCAGUCGUCAAGAGAUCCAAACAAAUCAAGAAAUUCAAAAAGAUCUCAACUAAGGUCUUUAUUGGAACUUUAGUCUUAAUUUUCUUGUCAUCACUCUACACAAGAUUCUUCUUCCAAAGUACUGCCGAUACAUUCCUCGAUGCCUACUACGGGGAGAAUAACCAAACCUAAGAUGGAAUAAACUCCAAACAAAAAGACUAGCUAUUCAAGAAUUCUUUCAAACUCAAGGAUACUCAUGAUGGAUUUAACUAUGAUUCAUCAUCUCAAGGCUUCAGCAACCCAGCAUUCUUAGAUUUCCCUCCUCCACUCCCAAGAUCUUUCUUUGAUAAUUUUACCAGCAACGACUCUUAGAACUUUACAGACUUCAUAAACGGAUUCCCAUCAGAUUUCAAUAACUUGACAUUCUUUGAGAGAGCUCCUCAUCAUUAAGGCUUCAUGAGAUUCAAUCAAAGUACCUUCAAUGAUUCCAUGCUUCAACCUGGUUUCUUCGGUCAAUUAAUGAACCAGUCUUUUGACUUCUUGAAUCAAACUAUUUAGCAAUUAAAUUCUACCUUUUCCGGCUUUGGGUAGAACUUCUCUCACCCACCUCCACAACAUAGGCAAUUCAAAAAUUAGUCCUAGAGAAAUGAGGGAAAUCAAACCUAUUUCAGACGUCCAUUCGGAGGAAUCGAUUAUAGACCAGAAAAUGAUCAGAGAGAGUUCAGAAACAAUCAAAGUUUCAGUCAUGGAUAGAAAAGAGAAGAAACAAGAGACCAACGAGGAGAAGAUAGAAACAGAAGAUGGGGAGGAAGUAACUUCGAUCAGGAAGAAGAAGAAGAUUGGGAAAAUAUCAGAGGAAGUAGCAAAGAUAGCAACAGAAAACACAGACCCCACCACAAAAAAGGCGAAUUCGAUGUUGACUUCAACUUUGAUGAAAUGAGUAAGGAUGAGGCUAAGCAAGCUGUGACUUAAAUAAUUAAUUGGGUCGCUCUAGCUUCAUUCAUUUGGUCAGUAGUAGUCCUUGCAUGUGUCGGAGGAUGCUGCCUAUUAGCUAUCAACAAGGCUAAGAGAAGUCAAAAAUUGAGAGAAGCGUACCUUUAGUAACAAUAACCUUCAAACAGUGGAAUUCAAGUUGGCCUUGCACAGCCUAAUUCAAAUGGAUUCUAAAAAGUCCCAACUGAUGAAAGUGACCUUUCCUCUAAUAACAAUGUUAUUCCAAGAGGAGUAGUCGUUAAUUCUCUCCACUGA